GAGAGGUUCGCUCUCUGCGUUCGGUGACAUCGCGAGUGAACAAUCAACAAACCCCUCACACGCAACCACGGGUAUUGAAAGAACCAGAUAAACUUUUCACAGGAAAAUGUGACGGAAAUUCGUGCGUUAUCCCAAAUAAUAAGGAGUGGAAUCGCGUAAAGGGGGAAGAGAGGCAUGGUCCCAGCGACCAGAUGAACGGAUUUAGUAUUGCCGGGGUCGAAAUAAGACUACGAAAAUUGCUUCCCACGGCAGUCCGGCGCGCGCCUACAUCGCCUACCACAAGCUGGGAGCCGAUAUGGAGGCCCAGACCGCCACGCCGCAGGGCGACUGCGAGUGCGGCGUGCAUCCAUCCGUCUUCUAUCUACUGGCCACACUGUUGCUCACUAGUUGUUCAACGGCCAUGCUAUGCGCGGCGAUCAUGACAGAGCACUGGGAGCACGUGUCGUGGGAGCGGUCCGCGCUCACGGCGCUCGCGAACACGUCCAACACCGCCAUACAGUGGCUGCUCGAUGAGAAGGUCGUCAAGGUCGAAGAUACAAGCAAGAAAAAAGGGGGAGGUGGAAGCACAUUUUUAGUGCCGAUGAAUGGUGGCAUAUGGAAGAUGUGCGUUUCGUUAGAAGCGGAAGAAGUAUCAAUAUUAUCAAGGGCUGGCUUCCCCACGGAGCCGCUGUGCACAAAUUAUUUAGCUGAUGAUGAGAACGAGGAACCCAGAGCUGAUUGGCAACAUCGCAUGCAGAAUCUGUCCAUAUCGUGUGCAUUAGUCUGCCUCAUAGUGCUGGGCAGCGCGGCGCUGGUCGGCGCUUUCGGGGUUUGUAAGCACCAGAUCAGCGCUGUGUUGGUUACUGGCGUUAUGUAUUUGUUGGCUGGUCUAUUCGCAAUGUUCACGCUAAUGAUAAUCCACUUCAAGCGUGUCCAGCGAGUAUCCGCCCGCGCAGUGGACGAUACUGCGGACGGAGUUGUUGGACCACAUGGACCAUCUAUACCUUUGCUAUCUGCUAGAGAAUUCACUACGUCAUGGUCUUUGGAACUUGGCUGGGGCGGGGUUGUACUGGCUACUACUACGUCACUAUUGUGGAUUUUGUUGUCGAAGAUCAUGCGAUACAAUCCGCUGUCCACUAUGUUACUGUGAAAUUUAUAAUUCUUACAAACGCUGUCGAUCCUGCUAUCUAAAAUCAUGAGAUAUAAUUAAUAAAUUGAUUUCCCGCUUUAUUUGCAAUGUCUUCACUUAUAAUAACUUAGAGCUAGCGCGCAAGAGCAACUUUUGUCUCCGCAACUAUUUUGUCUCUCCCAUCAACUCUAUGGGGAGUUGCGUCGCUACGUGCGCGCACUUUCUUACUAGUCCAUGGAGGUGAUGGGAGAGACAAAAUAGUUGCGGAGACAAAAGUUGCUCUUGCGCGCUAACUCUUACUUUAGCAGCGUGUGGCAGCACAGGAUUUCAGCACGAACCUCAUGUUAGAAUUGAGAUAAAUCCAUUCUCCAAUGUGUUACUGUGAAUGCUAUAAUAAGUGAUACUGAAUUGUUUGAUGUAAGACACUAAAAUGUUGUUAUAAAAAGCCUCAAAAUAAAUAACUCUGAAAUUAAAGUUGUGAAUUCCGCUUAUCAUGAUUCAUGAAAUGGAACCCUCUGUCCACUUUUUUACAAUACAAUCUGAAGCUUUACGUUAUUAUUAUUUUAGAAAUAACUAAAAAAAGUAAUAGCGGAUUUAAAAAGCUUACAAAUUCAUAUUAGGUCUGUGGAUUUAUAUUUUAUCACAAAAAACCUGUCUACUAGGUAUAUUACUAUGAGCGUGUUAUAAUAAAAUGGUGAAUUUUGUUGUCCACUAUUCAGGUAACUAGUCCUUUAUUUAAAAAAAUAAUAAUAUCUCCCUAUUUAGUUUUCUCACAUAGUUUGUGUCACGUGUUUUUCUGGUUUCAUCACAAAGCGUACUUAUGAACUGUUUCUUUCCCGAUCCAUCAUGGCCUCGUAAUUAAGUCAAUUAUAGCUGGUUAUUCCAUUCAAAUAGUACCGUUUAUUAGGAUAUUGCCUAUGCUUUGAAUAAUUAUUCUAAUAUUGGCUUAUACCGCCAUUUAUGAGAGUAAUUAAUCAAGAAAUCGCGGUAGAAGAAUACAAUAUACUUACCUUAGACGUAAUAAUGUUAUCUGUGGUUACAAUAUGAUCUAGAAAAUAAGAAAUAUAGUACCUAGUAUAAUAUUGUUGAGAAUGCAAAGCAUUGAAAUUGUACUCUGAUUGUUCAAAUAGUAAUAUAAAAAUAUGUAAAAUAAUCCAACCCAUGAAAAUCCACUAAUUUCAACUCGCUUUAUAAACAUGAAAAAGUUCGUAAUAAAAACGGCAACUUCUUUUCUUCUAACACAAUUGUUUAAAAAUUUCAAUCGCCGAGCUUUGUUGCCGUCCAUUGCUAUUGUUAUUAUUUAUGGCUAUAAAUAUAUUUUUGAAGGGAAAAUGUUUUCUAUUGUUUGAUGAAUAUUUUGCCCUUGAAAUUUUAUAAACACGUUACGCUUUUUCGAAAAAACGUUCGUUUUAAAAUCUAUCUAGCUAUAGAUGUAGGUACUUAAUAAUGAUAGUACGCUGUGAAUCGUUUUCUCACAAUUUACGAGGGUUCGAUGAUUACAUCGCGCGUAUUGCGAUGAUAUACCUACCUACCUAGCCAGGGAGAACUAUAAUUACUCUUGGGCACAUUAUACAGGGUGUGCCACUGUUGGUAUACUAAGCUCAAAGGAGGUUAUAGUUUUGCAUAAGCUGAGUACGUAAAAAAUAAUUUCAAAAUUCCAGACACAUUUUUUUACAAAUAGAUGAAUUUUU